GCAUGCACUGAGAUAGCACUUAGUUGCAUGGAGAUUGAUAGGCACAAAAGACCAAGUAUAGCGGAUAUCAUGAAUCAACUGAACGACACUGAAGCUAUGAUCGACAAGGCAUUGUCAUGGUCCGCGAGUUCGCAUUCAAGGAUGAAUGAAGACUUGGUCAACUUAAGAGCAUUAACAGGAAGCGAAGCGAUUCUGUAUGCCGAAAAGAGCAGCAAGUUCCCAGUCCUGGUGAGGGUUACAGCGCCGUCAUGGAGUCACACGGAGGAGAUACCACGCGCUGGCGUGGACUUGGUAGUAGUGCUCGGCAAAAACUGGUUGUCUGCCUUUUACCUGACAAAGGCCAUGAUGAUGGUCAUCGACAACCUUGGCCCGAACGACCGUCUCUCCAUCGUGUUGUUCGAUAGUGAUGCACACCGCCUAAUGGAGCUAACCUACAUGUCGGAUCGAGGCCAGGCUGAUGCCAGGCUCAAGAUCAACGAGCUGGUCGAUGGACGCGCUACUAAUAUAGGCGCUGGUCUGCAAGAGGGAGCUCAGAUUCUAAGGGGGCGUGAAGUGGAGGAGGGCGACAGCCGUGUGGGCUGCAUCAUGCUCCUGACAAAUAGCAAUGACAUGUCGAUCCUCGGCCAGGAAAUCAGCACCGAAUAUCCAGUGCACACCUUCGGUGUGGACAAUCAUGACGCGGAAACCAUGAAGUACAUCGCCGAUAAAACCUUGGGCACAUACUCCUUUGUCAAUUGGGACGCCGAAGAUGUAAGGGAUGCCUUCGGUCUAUUCAUCAAUGGCAUCACCAAAGUUGUCGCGACCUCCGUGAAGAUCACCCUCAGGGCUCACGAGGGCGUAGCCAUAUCAUCCAUCGAGUCUGGGUGCUAUGUCAACCGUGUUAACUCAGACAAAAUGUCCGGAGAGAUAGAAAUCAGCGACAUUUACACGGGCGAGCAGAAGAACUUCAUCAUCUACCUGGCAGUUAAGGAAGGCAACAAGAAGCUUGUAACCAUAGGCGGAGGGUACCAGAGCAUCCAUGGGAGCAAGCGGCUGGCUGACUUGGACGUGUUCGUCCUACGACCACGCUCCGGGUGCUCGCCAGCAAAGCUGGCCAUGCACCGUGACGUGGCCACAGAGCUCACCCGACUCCAGCUAGUGAAGGAAUUGUCCAUCUUGGUAGCACGAGGCCAGCGCCUGACCUUCUACAACGUGGAUCAACUAUGGGACACGGUGAGGUUAUCCGAGGAUAGUCGCAAUGCAGACGAGGAAACCUUGUUGCGCCUUGGCAAGUGCGUGGCGGAAAUCAGGAAGGUUGCGUGCCUUCCUGACCUGAAUCCAAAGCAGGUACCUUACCUCAUGUCAUGGCUGAGUUGCCACCAGUGGCAGCGUGCAACCACCAAAGGCUUACUCUACGAAUCCGGUGCCUUCACCUUAGCGCAACCUGGAUUCUCAGAUGCAGAUGGAGAGGACAAUGAAUGAUCAGAGGAAGGACAUACAUAAUGUGCCA